CAAGGGUUGGUGGAGUUUACUCACCGAGAACCCUUGAAAAUGAAUCAUCAUUCGUCCUCUUCAUCCAGAGACUUCUCGACUAAGUGUGACAGAGGGGUGUUUCUGUGCCAACUCGUGCAGAUUGUUGGCGCUUAGGAGGCAUGGCUGGCGAUCAUUGGCCGUGCCACCCACCAACUCUCCGUCCUGCUCGCCCGCUUCCCCUCGUACACUUCUCCCUCUCCCUGCCCGAGCUGCUGGCGACUAUAUAGCCGCCCAACUUUCCUCAGACAUUGGGGUUUGUUUCUCUUUCCUGGGACAGUUGGUGUUUCAGUCUAUUUUCAUCUUUCUAGGGUUUUUCGUUUGGCUGGUCCAGACGAUAGCUUAGUAGUUCUUUUCGCUUGCUGUUUAUUUUUGGAUCUGCAUCUACGUCAAUAAUAGUAUCAUUUACACGCCCACCUGCAGGAAUACCUCGUUGACCGAAGUGUUUACCGCCAGUUUCUUACAACUCCUCCGUUGUUUAUUGUUUACCCCGUCUACCUUCCUCAAACUAUAUUACACCCGUCAUUCUUCGACUUCAUCCACAGACUAUAGCCACAAUGUUCCGACCACAGCUAUCUCUGAGUAUCUCUGCUGCACAGGGCUGCUCGCGGCCUACGUUGUCCCUCAAGUCUCCCGGACCACUUCCUCGCACCCCUCUGUCUCCACCUGCUGCCAGCCCCAGCGCAAAGCGGUUCCCGUCCUUGCAAGUGCCAUCCUACAACUACACCAACUCAUGCUCCACCAAAAGCAUUCUCAAGAAACGUCCAGCACACGGGAAUCCCGACAAGCGCAUCCAGUUCCAGAACACUCCGACCGUGCACUGUGUGACGCCCAUUGAGAACCCCGACGAGUACUACGGCACAUACACCAAGUUGUCGCGCGAGGAGCGACGAUGGAUCGUUCGAGACUGAAAUGUUGCAGUAGCUAGCUACUCGACGAAACACCGCAGUUACAGACGGAAUUAUGGGACUGCCAGGACGGAGGAUCGGAGUCGUCUGGACCCUCGCUACGUCUUGUUCUUCUGCGUCCGCGCCCGGCUCCGACUCUGAAUCAACAGCUCAACUCGAUUCUCUGCGGGAAUACUGGAGGAUAUCUAAGCUGGUAAAGGUCGGAUUGGAAGGUCGCUGAAUGCAUGUAAACCAUGGAAGGAAUGGAGGAUUUCGUGUAUAGGAUACUUAUUAUGUUUAUGAUGUGAUGACAUGAUGCGAAUUAUAGUAUGGAGUUUUCCAAUGCCACUCGUUAUAUUCAUAUGUGUAAUACCGGACUGUGUCAAGUGUGUCG